CUUACCCUAGCAGUACAUGCAUGGUGUAUCAAUGAACUUUCUUACUACACUGACAGCAUCUAAGGCUUACCUGGAACACACUUUAUGAAAAGUAUAAAAGUUACCAAAUGAGUAGUUCCAAGGAAGGCAGACAUGCCAGUGUUUCUUCUGAAAACGGCUAAAAACGCCGAUCUUGCACAUUCACCUUCUUGGAAGGCCGGAAGUUUUGGUUUUCUAAGAAUUUUCGUCGCUCCGAUUGGUUCUCGUGUCGUACAAACAUGGCGGCGAAAAUUCAAUGGAAGCAGAGUAUGUUGUGAGCAUGAUAUGCUAAUGAGAGUCCUGACAAGCCUUUUUUUGUUCUUACUUAUUGGAGCAAUUCGAAAUGUAAAUUGUUUAGAGACAAAGGAGGGAGAUGAACUCUCCUUUCAGUUGAAAGAUUUCCAAGAUGUAAUUUACACUGCCAACAGUUACGCUCUUGAGCUGAACUGUACUGUCAAUUGGACACUCAAGAAGACUACAUCGAAACACUUCUUGGCAUGGAAACAUAACAAUACAUUGAUACCAAGCUGUUUCACCCGCACGAUUGAUAACAGCACUUUACAACUGAGGAGAAAUCACACCCAGUUCGCAGACACUGGAGUUUAUAUUUGUGGAGUGUUCAGUAAUUCUUCAAAGUUUCCUAUUAUUACGUUUCAUCAAGUUAGAGUCAUAAUAGGAGUGAAACCAAAAGAGAUCACCCAAAAAUUGGUGAAGCUUGUGGAUGUUUAUGGACUCCCAGUGCCGCAAGUGUUGAGUGUACAAUGGAGUGCUCAGGAAGUAAAUGUGACUUAUGAACUUUUUGUCAGUAUGCACUAUGAUAUUACUACUUGGAGCUGUGUGUUUGACAGUCAAGCAUAUUGUAAGCAAAUACCUAGGUAUCUCAAUGAAACAUUAUCAUGUCAAGUGGGAGAGGACGCUAUAGAGAAUUUUGAUGUUCCUUGCAAGAAUAAAGGAAUCAGGUGUGACAUUUUCUGUGCCAAAGUAAUCGCUAAAAAUCAGUUUGGAACAGUAGAAACUACACAUCCCAAGCACUGGAAUUUAAAACAUCAUGAGAUGUGUCCCCCUCUGGAGAAUGUGAAAGCUGUGUCAACAAGGGACUCUUUUACACUAACAUGGGAUCACCCACGCCUGGUGAAGAGCAAAGUUCCUUUGGAUUACCACAUCACUUACAAUUUCACUCGGAUACUAACAGGCCAGGGAACCAGAUACUCUAAAGUAGUUAGAGAUAACACUUCCUUCAGUGACAAUGCUGUACACUUUGCAAGAUAUAGUUUCCAAAUAACCUGCAGCAUGGCAGCUGAUCCGGACACAAAAGGUCCUCCUGUGAUUGCUCAAGUGAAGUCCAAAGAAGGAAUUCCAAGUGAGGCUCCAACGAGGUGUCAGGCAAACAAUAGGUUGUCACAUAGUGUGACUAUUGAGUUUAAGGUCCCGCCGGUCAACACUUGGAAUGGUAUACCUCGUGAGUUUUUGGUUUCUUAUGGUAACACUACUGAAAGAGUCAACACAUCUCUGAAGGAGUUACAGGAAGGAUCCAAUGGCUCGGAUACACUGGAAGUAAAAUUGAACGGUCUUCAACCACACAGGAAUUACUCAGCAAUGGUUGCUAUUUGUACGGCUGUAGGUUGUAAAUGGGCAAGCAAUGAGUUGUGCAUCAUCAAUUCAGUGCCAAGCGAUGAGGUCAAUACAAAAGUUACCGAAAAACCUGAUCCCACCUUAUCUACAUAUAAAGUGCUCAAGGUUGUUGCUAUUGUCUGUGGAACAGUUGGUGGGUUAAGCCUCGCGUGCGUGUUUAUCGCCUAUCUACGCAAACGAAAACGGGUUGGUGCUCGAAAAAGUUCUUUGUGGACUGCAAUUGGAGGACCCUUGUUUCCGAAUGGUCACUGCGACUACCAAUAUAUGUCAAAUGAGAGAGCAAACUCUUCCGAAGAUUCUGAACUCUAUGAACGCAUCAACGUCACCAAACAAAGUAUUGAUCUUGGUGUGGGAAAAUUACCAGUUUCAAGGAUUGACUAAAUUACUCGACGGUAAAUUACAAAAUUUAAGCAUUACAGCCGAGCAGUAUAAUGAACUGGGGCAUCUAGGCUGUUUCUGCCUUUUCUGUCAUCUUAUUAUGUUAUAAAAUAAUUCUUAUUAUUGAUAGAAGUGAUAUCAGAAUAUACGAAAUGAAUUUACAUAAUCAAUUUAAAUAGAAUGUAAGACUUAUACCACACCAACAAAACAUGUUUAGUAAAACUGGGUUUGACUGAAUGAAAAUCAGGAACAAAGAAAUGAAAAUCUGAGUUCUCCUUAGUAUUCAAGUGAGAGCUAACCUGUGUAUUUGAAGUCAACCGACAUCAGUCUAAGCCGCUUUUAUGAAGAAAACAAUUUAAGACAAUUUUAAAUCAAUCAUGUUUAUUAAGCUUUGGUGUGACUGGGGUUUUAGACAGUAAAUUCAGGGAAUGGAAGGGUGAUUGUAGCAAGACUUACAUCAAUUGAAAUAGAAACUAUUUUCAAACUAAUAGUUGAAUACCUCAAAUAUUUUUAAAUGAGAGAGUAGAGUUUUUUAAGAGAUUAAGUAAAUGUAUUUUAAAGAGCUCCUUAAAGUUAGCGUACCCUAAGUUAAUAAAGGGGUAAGUUUCUAAAGAAACUGUGGUGCUGCGUUGGUAGGAGAGUGUAGUAGGUAAUUUGGUGUUAACAACUGAGUUGAAAUCGUUAAUUGGCCACCGUAAAGAGUAAAAAAGCUGCCGUUUUGAGCGUCGGCCUUCGUAACCUAAGUUAAGUUAUGCUAAGACAAUAAUUUAUAAUUUGUAAAUAAUCGAUCACAAUUAGAAAAACUAUCUUGCGAUUUUUUUGAGGUGUUACUAAUAGUGAAGGUAGCGUUUUUUUUUAAAGAUAUUUACAUAUCUAGUUACUAAGCUUUUUUCCAUAAUUUCCAUAUGCUUGAGCACUUCCGUGAACUGAAGAUUGCGGUAAUGCUCAAUUCGAAGAUUCAGAAUCUUCCUCCCUACCCCCGGGCAUUAGACUUUUGAAGAUUGGCUCGUUCAAAUUUCCGCCGCCCCCCCCCCCCCCUUCAGGCCAAAACUUUGUUCAAAUGCCCUACCUUAGUGCGGGAUUUAAUAGUCUACUUUUUUGAAAAAGGCAAAAUUAGCCACCGUGACUUUCUGUAGACCUUUUCAGUCUUCUGAGCCAUUUGCCCGCGAAGUGAACUUUGCCGCCAUAUUUAAAGAUAAAACUCGUUUAUUCCGCUGGAAAGACUUGUUAGUUGCAGUUCAAAUUCCUCACCCAACCCAGGCAAGGUUCAAAUUUCCCACUCGCGGGGACAGACGACAGUAAAAGGCCCAUGGGUUGCACAGGGGUAGGCUGGGAUGUUGAAGCUUCGAAGCCUCGAAUUGACAUUUUGUGCACUCGUUAUAUUUCUCGUAGGAAGGGUAAAAUAUUGUGAAAUUUAGAAUAAUUUAUGAAGGUAUUUUUUUUUAACAAAUCAUAUUGUUAAGCAAUAACUAUUUAGUAAUGACAGAAAUUCUAAGUAUUUUAUUUUUUAAGAAAGACUUCGAAUAAGGCAACAUGCACAAUGGUGAUAUUUUGAGACAAAGGUUUUAUAUAAAGCCCUCUUCUGCCUGAUGGAUGACGUAGUUUGGCUCGUGUUCGUUGUGUGUAGUAGAACAAAGGAAACAGAGAAGUCAAAGAAAGUACAAAUGAGGGAAAUCACAGUGAAAAAAUAAACAAAACUAAACAAAAAACAAACAAUGAAAAAUUUCACAGGUUCCUAUAGAUAUAGCACUUAUUUUUACAGCUCAGCUUUUUAUACAUUUCAUGAUAGUUCCAUGAGGUAAAAAUAGUUGUCUCAUACCUCUCUCUCGACGUUUUUUCUCUCUCUAAGUUUUUUUGAUACUAAGGCUAUUUUGAAUUUUAAUUUCCACCAAAGUUUGUUGUUUUCUCGUUAUUUGACUCCACUCCUAUGAUUAAAGAAGCAGUUUCCUGGUCUUUGUCUUUAUCCAGAUUUAUCACAUUUCCUCGGUAGCAAUUGUUAUUCUCAGAUUCCAAAGAUCGCACUUUGCUCUCACGCAGGCUAUACUACGCAUAUAAAAUCUGACGUGUAGAAUUAAAUGUCUUGAAAGGUAAGUAAAGAAUGAGGUUAGUUUG